CUUGCGUGUAAAUUUUCCAACCCGUAAAGUUUUCUUUUUAGUGCUGCUUGUUAGUAUUUUGGCGUGUACUUUGCUGUGACGUUCCAACAUUUUUGGACAUGUUUUCACUUGUAUAAUCUAGUGUUUGACUGUUGUAUUUUACCAUUAAGUAAACAAAUUACCAAUAGAAAUAGACGACAAUGGCUAAUCACUAUGAGGUCCCAAAUUGGGCCGGGAAGCCACCGGUAGGACUACAUCUGGAUGUACUCAAGAGUGAUAAACUGAUACAGAAACUUAUGGUAGAUGAGAAGAAAUGUUAUCUAUUUGGCCGCAAUCAGCAGCUGAAUGACUUUUGCAUUGAUCACGCAUCCUGCUCUCGUGUUCAUGCAGCUCUUGUUUACCACAAACAUCUCAAUCGGGCAUUUCUAGUUGACUUAGGAAGUACACAUGGGACCUUCAUCGGCAAUUUACGCCUGGAAGCUCACAAGCCAACACAGUUACCAAUCGACAGUACAUUUCACUUUGGUGCAUCUACUCGAUAUUACAUAAUAAGAGAAAGGCCUCAAACUGGAGCCAGACCUAUUAUUGAAGAACUGGAGAAGCUAUCCGAGGAUAUUGAUGCCGGUGGUUUAUUAGGUCUACCAGAAACAGAAACAGAGUUGGAUAACCUAACAGAGUUCAACACGGCUCACAAUCGACGGAUUUCUAUGCUUGGUAUAACAGACGACGAGAUGCACAAACCGACUCGGAAGCGUAAGAAAAAGGGUAUCACUUUUAAUGACGACGAAGAAGUCAUUAAUCCUGAAGACGUUGAUCCGUCGGUUGGGAGGUUUCGUAAUCUCGUACAAACAACAGUUGUUCCUAGUAAAAGAAUGCGUAUGGAAGGUGGCCUCAUAUCCUUAUCAGAGGAUCACAAUCCUUUGAAACAUAUGCAACCAACAUCCACCACUCCUCAACUUUAUCAUGACCUACCUCCGGAGCAGUUUACGCCGUCUUCUAUGUCAACCAAUCCUUUCUCCACAGCUUUGACUUCGUUGACAUCGCGGUUAGGUAUCGCGCUGCCUAAUCCAGCACCCGAAGUGGAAAUGACUCCGAAUCAGAUACAGACGGAGGUCCCGCACGUGCAAGAGAUACCGGGUACAACGGAGCCGCGAGUGAUGGAGCCCAAGAAGAAGAAGUACGCCAAAGAGGCAUGGCCUGGAAAAAAGCCAAUACCAUCUCUUUUAGUAUAAUAGUCCGAGGGAAGAAUUUAUCGUUCAUAUUCUGUGUGUGUGUGUGUGUGUGUGUGCGCGCGCGUGGGUGUGUGUGUGUGUAUAUAUAUAUAUAUAUAUAUAUAUAUAUAUAUAUA